GCUCCGGCCGCCGAGCGCCCGCCCGCCGCCCCCCUUCUCCCGCGCGAGCCCGCCGCAGGCUCCCCCGUCUCCUCACGCUCGGUGCGGUCGUCCGCGGUCCCCCCCCGCCCCUCGGCCGCCCGGCGCGGCGCGGCCCGCGAUGGGGCUGGGGCUGGCGGAGGCGCUGGGCGCCGGGGCGGCGCGGCUGCUCUUCUACCCGACGCUGCUGUACACGGCGGUGCGGGCGCGGCUGCCCGGGUCCCGCCGGCCCUGGUUCCACCGCAUCGACGGCGCCGUGCUGCUGGGGGCGCUGCCGCUGCGGGGACGCAGCCGCAGGCUGGUGACGGAGGAGAACGUGCGCGCCGUGGUCACCCUCAACGAGGAGUACGAGACCCGCUUCCUCUGCUGCUCCGCCCAGGAAUGGAAGGCAAUGGGAGUGGAGCAGCUGCGUCUCAGCACUGUGGAUCUGACUGGAGUCCCCACCUUGGAAAACCUCCACAAAGGUGUUGAAUUCAUACUGAAACACCGAGCCUGUGGUAACAGUGUCUAUGUGCACUGCAAGGCAGGACGCUCCCGCAGUGCCACCAUGGUGGCAGCAUAUUUAAUUCAAGGUUUCUGCCUUUUCAGCUGCAUCACUGGAGCCCUCAGGAAGCAAUAGAGGCUAUUGCCAAGAUCCGUCCCCACAUCCUCAUUCGGCACAAGCAAGUCCAGGUCCUGGAGACAUUUCACAGGAACACAAUCACUGGGACAACUGCAUAGUGCCAGUAAGAACUAUCAAUAUCUCUGUCUUGGCUGCUUUAAAAAAAACGUAUGUUUUAAUGAUCUAA